AUGAUAUUGAAUUCAAAUGUAGUUAAACUAAAGGGAAUAUCAAGUUUACCAAGUGCAUUGCCAGUGAAUUUAACAUCAAUAACAUUUGGAGCAGAGUUCGAUGAUGCAUUGUUGGCAGGUUAUCUUCCACCGAAUCUAAAGAAAUUAAAAUUCUCAUGGGAUUGCAUUUUUAAUCAACCUAUCAGAUCAGGUGUUCUUCCAAAUACAUUGGAGAAACUAUCAUUUAGCGAGUACUUCAAUCAAGCACUCGAACCGAAUGUAUUACCAUCAUCUUUAACAUAUUUAGAAUUGGGAUAUGAUUAUUCUCAUACACUUCAAGUUGGAUCACUCCCUCCAAAUCUUAGAGUUCUAAUUCACCACGGUUUUAGCGAGAUAUCAAAUGGAGUAUUACCAAAAUCACUUUGCACUUUGAAAGGCGCAGCUUUAUCAUGGAUUCCAUUCAUCAAACCACUUCCCAAUCUCACAGCAUUAUCAUUCUUUCAUGUUACUACAAAUAUCACAUUAGACUUGUCAAAUCUGCCAGCUUCUCUCACCAGUUUAGAUAUCAAUGCUACAUGUCGUCUCACGUCAACUGUAUCACCUUCAAUCAAACAUCUCAAUCUUACAGGCUUAUCAUAUGAUAUCGAUGAGAUAUUCAAAGAUCGAUCGCAAUAUCAUUUCGAGGAAUUAAGUGUCGAUGCAUUCAAACAAGAAUCACUCGACAAUCUAAAGAUCAAAGAAUUGAUAUUGCGAUUUCCAGUCAAUGUUAGACAGGGGACUUUAAGAGAUAUUCCAUGUGGUGUGGAGACUUUAAAUUUUGGAACAAAUCAACAAAUUAAAAUCAGAACAAAGCAAAAUGAAUUUCCAUCAUCAUUGAGGAAGAUUAUUUUUCAAAACUGUUCUACAAUCAGUUCACUUGAUUUCCAAAUUCCAAACACUAUCGAAGAAGUAGUGAUACAAGAGAUAUUAUACGUUGAUAAUGGAUAUCCAUUCACGAGUGAAUUGAUUCCAAACUCUGUGAAAUCAAUGACUGUUCCUUCUUCAAUGAUAGAGUAUGCUUUUCUUUUUGAUAGACUUCCAUCAGUGACCAAUAUUUGUUUUGCUAGAAUCAAAAAUAGAGUGGAUCUACAAGUUCGAAAGAUUUAUGGCUACCAUUAUCUCAUUUUUGGGCAAUAUAAUGACAAAUUCAUUGCUGCAAUUGUAUCAAGUCUUUUGUCAGAAUUCAUUGACAACAUGAUUGAAGAUGAACAAUAA